AUGUCGCCCGUGUCGCCCGUAUCCACACAAGCCCUUGCGCGGCUCCGCGCCUACCUCCCUCCGGCAUCGAUAUACACCUCACUGCCACUGACGCGGCGCGCAGCGGUCCUAGUCCUGCUAUUCUCUGACCGGCGCGGCGACCUGCGAGUAGUGCUGACGGUGCGGUCGGUGCACCUACGCACGUUCGCGGGCCAAGUCGCGCUGCCGGGCGGAAAAGCCGACUUCCUGUCCGAGACGGCAGCGCAGACUGCGCGCCGCGAGGCGUGGGAGGAGAUCGGGCUGCCGCUGGACUCGCAGGGCGGACUGCCGAAGCCGUUUGAUGUCGAGCAUUUGUGCGAGCUGCCGUGUUCCCUCGCGCGGACGGGACUGGCGGUCAGGCCGUGUGUGGCUUACCUCGACGGCGGGAAGGGCGAUGUGGAGGACUCGCUAAUCCCCCGGCUACAGGAGACCGAGGUCGCGAGCCUGUUUACUGUCAAGCUGGAGCCGUUUCUGAAGCGCGCGUAUCCUAUUCCCGGCGGCGCCGCGGAGGAGACGUGGUAUCGCGGCGGGAAGACGAUGUGGGUGCAUCGGCCGUGGACGAUCCAUGAGUUCAACGCCCCGGUGUGGGAGGGGAGCACUCUUAAAAGACAUAGGAUUUGGGGCAUGACGGCGAGGAUAUUGGUCGAUGUUGCUAGGGUUGCGUAUGGGAGAGAUCCGGAGUUUCCAUUCGAUCAGGAGCUGGGCUUUGAAGAGGCUAUGAGGGAGAUGGAGAAGAAGGGAGAGAUGAAGGAAAUUGUCAAGAAGAAGCCGGAUCCCGAGCUGGAGCCAGAUAAGGUGGCGGCGCAGGUCGAGAAGGGAAAUCUCUGA